CCCUCCCCGCGCUGCACGUGCGCUGUCGGCAGGUAGGGGGCGGGGCUUGUCGAUGAAUUCAGCAGGUGUGGUUGAGAGGAACCAACAUGGCGGCCGCUCAUUUCCGCGGUUGUUUGGGUUAAGCUAGCUCCUAGCUCCAAACACAACUACGACUGUUUCCCUCCCAGUAUUUGUUCAAGCAUUUCACAGCGAGUUUGUGUGGAGUUAACUCAAAAACGUAAAGGACAAACUACAUUGGCAAAAUGGAGGUACACGGCCAGACGGGUGAAAUGCACACUAGAGAACCCAUCACUGGAGCUGCUGCAGCCACAUGCAAACAACAAAUGGAGAUCAACUCCAUACAGUAUAAUCUGGCAGCGAUCUCAUACUCUCCUGUAUGUUUGAGGGGAUUACAAGCAGAAUCACAGGAUUACACAAUUACAGCCUGUCUAGGAUGAGGGGGCGAUGCUGAUGUGACACAAACACCAGAUCUGUGGUGAAAUAUGAGGAUCUUUAGUGGAGGCUCCGCUGCGCUAAUUGGUACAAGUGCCUCAGGCCAACUCCCAUCCAGCAGACUGAGGCAGCAUCGUUCACAUGCAGGACUGAAAAAGGUCGUCCCACAGUUUUUCUCCAAGUAUGGACAAAGCGCAUCUUUCGAGCUCUAAUGACAUCAUCAUGACAAGCUCAACAGGCGCCUACCAGCAGGAACCCCUGACUCCACCCAGACCUGCUCACCAUCACUCCUCAUCCUCGUCCUCGCCCUCCUCUUCCUCGUCGCCCCUCAAGCCCAACCAGGUCGGCCAGGUCAUCCUGUACGGCGUUCCCAUCGUGUCACUGGUCAUCGAUAACAACGAGAGACUCUGCCUGGCGCAGAUUUCCAACACGCUCCUCAAAAACUACAGCUACAAUGAGAUUCAUAAUCGUCGCGUGGCGCUGGGCAUCACCUGCGUCCAGUGCACGCCGGUUCAGCUUGAGAUCCUCCGUCGGGCUGGUGCCAUGCCCAUCUCGUCACGCCGCUGUGGCAUGAUAACCAAGCGUGAAGCCGAGCGCCUGUGCAAGUCCUUCCUGGGAGAGAACGCACCGCCGAAACUGCCUGACAACUUCGCCUUCGACGUGUCACACGAAUGCGCCUGGGGUUGCCGUGGCAACUUCAUCCCGGCACGCUACAACAGCUCCAGGGCCAAAUGCAUCAAGUGCUCCUUCUGCAACAUGUACUUCUCCCCAAAUAAGUUCAUUUUCCAUUCCCACCGCACACCAGAGGCUAAGUACACCCAACCCGAUGCUGCCAACUUCAACUCCUGGCGACGACACCUUAAACUCUCUGACAAACAUCCACUUGAUGAGUUAGUCUACGCGUGGGAAGACGUUAAAGCCAUGUUCAAUGGAGGCAGCCGGAAGAGAGCACUUCCCUCCUCAGCCCAUUGUUCCUCCAUGGGGUCUAUGAAGACUCUCCCCGGUUCGGUGGGGCCUCACAUGAUGGGACCCGACCUGGGUCAGAAAAGAGGCCGCUUCGAAGACGAGGAUGAUCUAGAUGGAGACAGUCUGUCUCCUCGUAAGACACAGCGUAGCUACCCUGUCAUCCCCGUCCCCAGCAAAAGCUUCGGCAUGCUGCAGAAGUUCCCUCCCACGUCACUCUUCCCCUCACCUUACCCCUUCCCAGCAUUUGGCCUCUGCCAGCAGAAAAAAGAGGACAGUGAUGUUUCAGCCGGGCAGAAAGCAGCAGGGUUGUCUGGUCUUUUAUGGCCUGGCCGCAAAGACACUUUUUAUCCUCCUUUCUGCAUGUUCUGGCCUCCGAGAGCAGCCGGAGGAAUCCCUGUCCCCACCUAUCUCCAGCCUCAGCCCAGUGCCCUCUCCUCCUUAGCAGACAACCCUUCUCUCAGACAGGCCUUUCUGGAUCUCUCAGAUCCCAGUGAGCCCGGAGCUGUAGCUGGCAGUGGAAAUGGCAUCGGUGCAACCAUGGCCUCUGGCAGCGGGACCACCACAACAAGAACGGGGCUGUUUGACCCAGACUGCACAACGGUAACCUCUGACCUUUGCCCUGUGACAUCAGAGGGCUGGCUGAAACUUCUCGACACCCCGACCCUCCAAAGCAGGAAGCCGAGCUACGGCUCUGCCUUCCGCCCUGUCAUCAAAGAUGCAGAGAGCAUUGCCAAACUUCACAGCAAUGGAGGAGGAGUCACCGGGGCGACGGAUGAGGACUUUGGGGCUGUGGUUGCCGGGUCAGAGCGCCACCAGCGGCUAUCGCCCACCAGCAGCUGUAGUUACGGAAGUGAAAGCGGGGGCGAUGGCGAGGCAGAUGUAGGGGACAGUGAGGAGGAGGGGGAGGUGGAUGUUGAGUCGUCGAAGCAGGACGAGGAGGAGGAGGAAGGGAGUUUCACGAGAAAGCCACCACAGACUCAAACCAACCUGUAUCUUCCCGUGCUGAGCGACACUGCCGGAGAGGAGAGGGGGAAGGAGCGAGGGAGUGGCGUCGUGUACCCCAGCGCCUCCCCUCCCUCCUCCUCGGACCCCAUCCAGCAGGAGUCCCCCAGCCUGCCUGCGUCCCCUCCAGCCAGCCUGCCACUCUCCGGCUCCAACCCACCUCACCGAGAGGACCCCGCUUACAAAAACAUCCACAAAAACAGAGACGAAGGACUUCCUGCGUAUGCAACCAAAGACAACUCCAGCAUUUCUGACGAAAACAAAGAGCAGAAUAGUUUCUUUGCACCAGAGAGCGAGACGUCAGCGCCGGACUACUGGAGGGAGAGCUCAGGUGAUCAAAGCCAAGGUGCUUCUUCUCCUGUUCCACUGAAGAAGGAUGUUGAGAACAUGGAGAAAGAAGAGCUUCAGAAGGUUUUGCUGGAGCAGAUCGACUUCAGGAGGAGACUGGAGCAGGAGUUUCACGCUCUGAAGGGCACCACGCCGUUUCCUGUCUUCCAUAAUUUUCAAGACCAGAUGAAACGAGAGCUCGCCUACAGAGAGGAGAUGGUCCAACAGUUACAGAUGAUUCCGUACGCAAACAUCAUCAGAAAAGAAAAGAUCAGCUCACAUCUCAACAAGUAGCUAAAACAAAGAAACUCUUCUAGGACGAAGAAGCUGCUUGGAUUUCUGGGAAUGUUCCAAAAGUAAAAAGACUCAAAGUAAAUAUAUAAAUAUAGAAUACAGCGGGGACCAUUCACCAUUUUCCAUCCCCCUCCGUGGGGAACUGGUCUCAGACUUUGUACAUUUCUUAAUCUUGGAGAAGAAUUACUUGUCUUCUUCUUCAGCCCCAUCUCUGUUAAUAGCCCAGCACUUAAAAACUCUGUGAGCUCACAUGGACCAGUUCUUGCUGCUGUGUGCAAACUCCGUCGAGUUUAUUUCCCCCGGACUGACUGAACUGAAAGAGAGAGACGCGAUUUUUCCUCAUCGCUGCUCCGGCAGUCAAACUCGAAGCUUUACCCAAACAGGACCAAAGCAACCACGGCCUUUCUUUGCCCCUUGAACUUUUUGAGGGCUUUUGAAGACGACCAGGAAGGCAGUUAUAAACUUUUACUUCUUCUUCAAAAAAAAGAACCGCUGAACUUUUCCAAGUUCUUAAAAAAUGAGACUUUAAAGACUGGGUGUUACGUCUGUGACUUUGUCCGCUGCCGGCCCAGUUGUACAGUGCACACAUCGGACUGUGGAUGAGGACGGACUUCACAAGGUUUUUAUUUUGCUGUUGUCAUUGUCGUUGUUGAAAUGUGGACUCUAAAGAGAGACAGCAACACUUAUUUAUUGUCAACAUUAGAUCCCAAAGGGGUUUUCUCCUCAUCACGUCCCGUUGUGUUUAUUGAUCGAAAACAAACAAGCGAUUAUCAACACGGUCGAUAAUCACCGAAGGAGAUUUAAUUUAAAUAAGCUCGUUCUUUGAGUUCGUAACUUUACGAUGCCAGAAGAAGAACAAAAUAAAGGGAUGAGAGCACAGGGAGUAACGGGGCUGCUCCACCAGUAUUAAUACAGGCUGGUUUGCAUAUUUAAACAGUUUUUGUAUUUGGGAGUGAUUUCUGAAUGUAUAAAAAAAAACUACAGUAUUAUUCACUUUUUUAAUUUACUUUAAAACAACAUCCUUUGCUCAAAGGCAUCCUGAAGGUACUUUUGAACCUCCGCCCAAAUUUUCUGACCGUAAACGUCAUCUCCACCCAGAGUCGAGCUUUAAAUCGCCACCAUCAGCUGCUAAACUGGCUUUUAAAAUGUGUUUGGGGCGUUGAACAGAUGAUUAAAGGCCCAUUCUGUGUAUUUAUUUGCUCUCCAAAGGAACGUCUGGGCCACAAGGAGCGAAGUCUCUCAGUGUUGUAGAUCUGCCUGUAAAUGAUUUCAUGUUUAAACCGUCACCAGUCAUGUCUGUCUACGUGUUUGUUUAUUUAUUUCAGUAUCAGACCUUGAAAAUAUUAUUUAUUACAGUGUUAAAAGAAAGAGACACGACGAUGAUGAUGAUGAUGAUGAUGAUGAUGUGAAUAAAAAGGAGAACUCGCCCUCGUCUUCUUUACAGAACGAAAUGACUGAAUGGAUAAAGUUGUCAUUUACUGCGAGAAAAAAAAUGUUAUAAUAAACUGUUAAUGCAGAUGUAUUUAAACAUGUUCCUGUAGUUUCUCUACUAUUUAUGUGUAAAUUAAA